UUGUUGUGGGAAGCCGAACUGCUGGAGGGAGGUGAGGAGGAGGUGGGAGGGGGGAUUUAGGCCACGUAAACGACAAGAAGGACGCCACCAACUUCUACUUUAAAGCAUGUGGUCGCGGCUGCUGAUUGUGACCGGUAAUCAAUUAGAGUCAGAGGACUGACGGCUGAGACCGAGGAAGAAGAAGGACGUGAGAGGAAAAAAAAAAAAAAAAAAAAAAUCUCGGACAGACAGACCUGACAGUAGAGCAGCGCCUCCGACAGCACGGAGCUGUCGCGAUGCUGUGACUAAACCAUGGACAGCAGGAUAAAGGAGAACCCAGAGAGAACGUUUGAUCUGGUGGUGCAAGUGUCCUGCCCAACAUCUGAACAUGAGGAUCCAACCGUGCUGUGGAGCUUCCCCCAGGACCACACAGACCAGGAGGUCCUUAAGACAAUACCAAAGUUCUGCUUUCCCUUUGACGUGGAAAGGGUUUCCCAGAAUCAGGUGGGGCAGAAUUUCACUUUUGUUCUCACGGACAUUGACAGCAAACAGAGGUUUGGUUUUUGUCGACUCACCCAAGGCUGCCGGGUCUGCAUAUGYCUCCUCAGUUAUCUACCCUGGUUUGAAAUCUACUACAAGCUGCUAAACACACUGGCUGACUACCUAACAAAACAGCAGGAAAAUGCCUUGAACGACAUGCUGAAUUCUCUCUAUGAGCUGCCUGUGCCAAAGCCCUUCACGCCAGUCAACCUGAGUGUGAAUGAGCAGUUGUAUAUUGCCACUGGGCAAGUACUGAGAGAUGGGCGAAGCAAGGAGCCGCACUCCUACUUCAUCGCCCCGGAUAUCAAUGGACUGCCAACCAUCCCUGAGAGUAGGAAUCUAACGGAGUACUUUGUGGCUGUGGACACCAACAACAUGCUCCAACUCUACGCCAGUAUGCUGCACGAAAGACGCAUCAUCAUUACCUCAAGCAAGCUUAGCACUUUAACUGCAUGUGUCCACGGCGCCGCAGCUUUGCUCUUUCCCAUGUACUGGCAGCACAUCUUCAUCCCCGUGCUGCCCCCGCAUCUCCUGGACUACUGCUGUGCCCCGAUGCCGUACUUUGUGGGAGUUCAUCUCAGUCUGCUGGAGAGAGUUCGCAGUAGAUCACUGGAGGAUGUGGUCAUCCUGAAUGUGGACACAAACACUCUGGAGACUCCCUUUGAUGACCUACACAACCUUCCCAGCGACGUGGUGUCCUCUCUGAAGAGCAAGCUGAAGAAGCAGUCGACGGCGACAGGAAGCGGCGUGGCGAGGGCCUUCCUGAGAGCGCAGGCUGCUCUGUUUGGGUCCUACAGAGACGCUCUGAGAUAUAAACCUGGAGAACCAAUCAUGUUCUGUGAAGAGAGUUUCUUGAACCAUCGCUCAAGCACCAUGAAGAACUUCCUGUCCAUGGCCGUCAACCUGCAGCUCUUUAAACAGUUCAUCGACGGACGGCUGGCUAAAUUGAACGCAGGCCGCGGCUUCAGCGACGUGUUUGAAGAAGAGAUCACAGAGGGGGGCUUCUGUAGAAGUAAUUCAAGGUCGUACCAGCAAUGGAUGCACACUGUGAAGAAAGGAGGAGCACUCUUUAUAACUUCUGUGUCAAAGGCCAAGGUUCAUGCGAAGAAGGGCAUUCGGGACUUUAAGGGCAGACUCAAAGCUAGGGAAGACGAAGAGAACGGGAUGUCAGUCUGUGCAGGGUCUCCUACCAGCACCAAGAGCCUGUCUCCAAGGAGACUGCAGAAGAUGAGACGGCAGAACCUCAACAAGUCUCCGAUGAGCCUGGGCCCUCGAGAUCUCUAUGGGUUCGACGAUGAUGAGGACACUGUGAGCAAGAUCUCCUCCGAGGACAGCGGGGACGUUCGUUCAUACACCGAGGACAGUGACGACUCGGACACUUUAGCGCUGGAGAUGGACUCGUCCAGCUCGGGUCAGAUGAACCUGCUGGAGGAAAUCCUUGAUUCUCUGAACACCUCGUCAAUGGAGGAGGGAAAACUCAGCACAGCCAAGAGCCUGGACUUCUUCUGGUCCAUGGAUGAGUUGGACUACAAAGCUCCGAAAACCAAGCCCCUCUCGUGUGGUGAGUCCAGACCCUCAGAGSGGAGCAGCUGCGGGACAGGAAGUGAUCACGGCGGCUGGAACACGGGCCAGGACGACAGCGCCGUCCAUGGGAAACACCUCCCUCCCUCCCCACGAAGACAGCCCACCAAGAGCAGCAUGAAGGUGUCCAGGAAACCUCCAGCUUGUCCCGCGGGGCCGGCGAGCCCAGCUCCACCUCCUGCCCCGAACGCUGUCGGCUCCGAGUCGAACCCGGACCCCCACCUUCAACUUCCAGAACAGCCGGGACAGAACCGCCUCUCCGGCUGCCCCUCGCUGUCCCAGAGAGUCACACCCCCCUCCCCCACCCGGUCGCACACCUACAGCUCCCCAGCUCCAGCGUUCCACCCUAACUCCUCCCCGACCGGUCACCCACGGACCAUCUCAGACCCUCAGAGCAGCUUGGAGCUUAUGGAGGCCCAGAACCAGACCUCGGCUGCCAUCAUCCAGAGGAGGAGGGUGAUGUCCAAAGAAAUGGUGAAGAGCUACCAGGAGAGGACCCACCAGAGGCAGGGUGGCAGGGGUCCACCAGAGGGCCAGGAGAACCCGACGAACAGCAACCAGGCGCCCAAGGAGGAGCUCCGGGGUCUCGGUCAGGAGAAAGACUCGAAGUCCGCCGCGGGGCAAGAUCUAGACCUCCUGGAUGAGAUCGAGUCCGUGUGUGGUUUUAACUCAGGCCUCAACAGCCCCCCGCCGCUCCCACAGGUCCGCCACACCAACAGCCCUCCCCACCAGGUGCAGGGACACGCAGCGGACCAGUCCUAAAGGUUUUUAUAAAAAAAGAUUCAGGUUCUGUCUCAGAGAGCGAGAUCCAGUCUCCUCUGAUCCUCUGAAUCUGACAAAGGCCAAAACAAAAAGCCAACACAACAAAGAGCAGGAGGUGCAUCAUCCGUACUCAUUCAUAAAAACUAAAGAUGUUGCUUUCUGGGGUUUAAUAAUACAUAUUUCUUACCAGUUUACCAAUCCUAGAAAGGAACUUAGAAGAAAAAUAUUUAAAAAGAGGGAAUUUUUUUUCUGGUACUUUCAGUUUUUUUAUUUUUAUUUGUAUGUUUAUAAUCUGAACACUUCAGCUUAGAAGAUUUUAGACAAGAGCCAGUUUAUUGUAAAAAAAUAAAAUAAAAAGGGACAAAAUCGCAACUAACCACCUCCUCUGAUCAAAUAAUCAGUUUGCACUUGUUGAUUUCGGUAAAAAAUACUCAGUUCUUACUACCUGACAGGAUUUUACAGAGUCCCAGCAGGCCUUUAGACAUUCGUUCUCUGUUUGAUUAAUGAUUUUUAUCAUAACGCCUUAAAACAAACUGUGAUUUGAUUUGAUGUCUUAAUCUGUACGACUGUGGCUCCUCUGCGUUCAGACUCACACCUGAAACACAGCAGAGGAGAAGAGCUUUACUGUCUCCAUUUCACGUUAGAAGAGGCCUCGCUUUGUUUGCUCCUGCUUUUAGGUUUCUCAGGAAACUCGUGUCACUUUGAUAA